AUGAGCGGCAUCGAACUUCUGCGGUACAUUUUUUCCGGCGGCCUCGCUCUUUACAACGUCACCUUCGCCUAUCCUUCCAGACCAACUGUACCCGUUCUUUCCGACAUAUCAUUAUUCCUUCCCGCCAACGACACGACGUUCAUCGUUGGCUCCUCAGGAUCUGGGAAAUCCACCGUCACACAUCUUCUUUUGAAGAUUUACGAACCCCAGCAGGGUCUCAUGAACUUCGAUGAAUGGGAUAUGGGCCUUUUGGAUCAAACUUGGCUCCGUUCACACGUUGCGUGUGUUGGUCAACAAGGAGCCGCGGGCGUUGUCAUUUUCGAUGAGAAGAGCAUUUACGAAAACAUCGCAAUGGCGUUGCACGAUCAUCCGAACGGACUUCCAAGCCGGAGACAAGUGGAAGGCGCAUGCCGUGCUGCAUUGCUGCAUGAAUUUGUGCGAGAUCUACCUCAAGGCUACGAUACUCUUCUCGGUGGAGGUGCAGGCAUUGGUGUCAGUGGUGGGCAGAAGCAGAGGCUUGCGAUUGCACGGGCGUUGUUGCGGAAUCCAGCUGUUCUGAUUCUCGGCGAUUUACAGACGAGGCCACUUCCGCCCUCGACGCUAUGGCGACACAACAAAACGACUAUUGUUAUCACCCACGACCUCUCCCAAAUCACCGCUCAGGAUUUCGUUUAUGUGCUUAAGGAUGGCCGCGUCGUCGAACAGGGGUAUAGGUCUGACCUUGAGGAAGUCAAGGCCGAUUAUGGUAGUGACCAGGGCGAGUUCAAAAAGUUGAUGGAUGCUCAACGCGAGACUGGUGGUUUCCUCCCCGAGAAAGACGACGAGGAGAAGCCUGUGCCCGCUUUGGAUCUACAGGAAGAGGCCGAUGAGAACAAAGACAAGGAUACGCCACAGUACCUCAAGCAUCAGAGCCUCACCCUGCGACCAAUGACAUUCGGCGCGUGGAUGUUCUACGUUCUUGACGACCUCAUCGGUACUAAGCCUGCCAUCGCUGCCUCUGCCACCGUCCAUCCAUCCAACGAAACUCAGGAAAGUCUCGAAAAUCAACCUCGACGCGGCCUUCCAACUUCUCCUGAUUCUGCACAUACGGUCAACACAAGACGAUACAGCCUCCCUCCUACUCCUACCUCCGCGACUUUCACUGCUUCCACCUAUCGGAUGUCGACGGCGACGGCGGCGACAUAUAAAGAAGACGAUGGAGAGGAGUAUCAAGACGUGGAGAGCGAAGAACCCCUCCCACCGUUCUGGGCGCUCAUGCGUAUCGCAUACAGGUCCAUCUCGCGCAAGCUUCUCCUUUUCUUCGGGCUCGUUGUCUGCGUGAUGAACGGUGCCAUGACGCCCAUUUUCUCCUACCUGCUCUCCCGCCUCUUGUAUGUGGUCUCCAUUGGCGCUCAGGACCUCAACGCCAUCAACACUUACGGUGGACUUGUGCUAGGCGCAGCGGGUAUGGAGGGGUUCCUCCUCGGUGUGAAGUACUUUGUCAUGGAGACCGUCGGAAUCUCGUGGGCCACGUCGCUGCGCAAGCGCACAUGCGGAAAGAUCAUGUCGCAAGACCGUGCAUGGUUCGACCUGUCCAAACACUCCCCCGCGCGCCUCGUGCAGAUUCUCAUCAAGGAUGGGGAUGACGCGCGGGACCUCAUUGCCGUUGUGUGGGGUCAGAUGGUGGUUGUGGUCGCGAUGUUGAGCGUGGGUCUAGUGUGGGCGUUGGUGGCGGGGUGGCAACUUACUUUGGCGGGCAUGGCGAUUGCACCGAUUUUUGCGGGUGUGAUGGCUAUCCAGACCAAGCUUGUGGGGAGGUGCGAGGUCAGGAACAAAAGAGCGAGGGAGGAAGUCGCGAGGGGAUACUACGACGUGAGUAAUGAUUAUAGCCAUCCAGACUCCGUACUAUCAACUAAACAGACAGUAGAUUACAAUGCUAUGUAA